AUGACUAUCACGAAAUCCUUCGAGCCGGCGCCCAAUGGGACGCUCAGAGAGCGUUCGCUGGCUGUCGCUGCGCAAGUUGAGGAACAGCAGACCUGGCUGGAGAGGAAACUCAAACCCAAGAAGAUCUCAGCCAGGUAUCCCUUCAAAGGCACAGCCUUACUGUAUGCAACAUGUGCCUUUGGCAGUUUGGGGGAUGCUCUUUUCGGUUAUAACUCUGGUAUCAUGUCCGGGCUGCUGGUCAACGAAAUAUUUAUAGCUCGCUUCUUCAAGAACUAUGGAGGAGCCGACGGGACGACAAGUGGAGUCGAUCCUUCGAUUACAGGCAUAUCUGUUUCGUGUUUGCAAGCAGCAGCGGCGGUGGGAGCACUUAUCGCGGGUCGUCUUGGAGACAUGAUUGGUCGAAAGAAGUGUGUCCGCAUCGGCGCUUUCAUUUACUUCUUCAGCUCGUUUAUUCAGAUGUUUGCGCCUGGUUUCGCAACUUUCAUUGUAGGCCGCACGAUCCAAGGACUGGGCGUGGGCUUCCUCUCCAUGACCGUGCCUAUCAUCCAAACGGAGAUCGCUCCCCCUCAUCGCCGGGGUUUGAUGGUGGGUAUAGAGUACAGUUGUUUGAUCGCCGGAUAUAUGCUUUCUUGUUGGGUGGACUAUGGGUUUAACUUCUUGUUGCCCGAUCAUAUUUCAUGGCAGGGACCCUUCAUCAUCCAGAUUGUGCUCUCUUUUAUCUUGCUUAGCAUGUCCUUCUUCCUACCAGAAACUCCUCGAUGGUUGGCGUUGAAUGGUUUCGUGGAUGAAAGCUUGCAAGUAAUUGCAGACCUACACUCUAAUGGUAAUACGCAUGCAGAGCAUGUUCAGCACACCUUCCUCGAAAUUCAAGAAGCGGUUAUCUAUGAGAGCAAUCUCGGGAAGUCGAGUUGGAAGGAAAUGUUCACCCGCUAUCGCAAACGAACCAUUGUGGGAAUCACGGUGCAGAUGUUCGCACAGAUUAACGGAAUCAACAUCAUCUCCUUCUACCUCCCAAGCACCCUCUCCUCCGCCGGCUAUGAUAAUCGCAAAUCCCUGCUAUUCACUGCUGCAAAUGCUCUUCCAUACACCGCUGCAACAGUUGUUACUUGGUGGUUAGCGGACCGAUGGGGCCGAAAGCCUUUACUCAUUCUUGGAGGUCAGUUCCCGUAUGGAAUCGAGUUGAUCAGCGAUCAAAACCUGACAAUUCAAACAGGUCUCGGCAUGGCCGUAUUACUCGGAAUUGUCUGCGUCUUCACCGAAAUUAACGUGGAUGUCCAAAUCAAAGCAAACGGCCAGUAUGCCUUCGUCAUGCUUUACAAUAUCCUCUACGGAUUCACCUGGGGCCCGAUGCCAUGGCUUCUACCUGCAGAGAUCUUCCCACUCCGCGGCCGGAGCAAAGGCAUGGCCUUGGCCACGACUAGCAAUUGGAUCUUCAACUUCAUCAUCGGAAUGGUCUCCCCCGACGCGUUCGCUGGCAUCCACGGGUAUUUCUACUUGGUGAUUGCAGGAUUCUGUCUCAGUUCGGCUAUCCUUGUUCACUUUUACUAUGUCGAGACAGCACACCAUUCUUUGGAGGAGAUUGCCGUUGCAUUCGGUGAUAAGGCGUUUGCAAAUGAUGAUGCCGACGUCAUGGAAAUGGCUGAUCCGAAGAGUGAGCAGGUGGAAUACUCGGCGUGA